CAGAAGCACCAUCACAACAAACUCUGUCUGCAUACCAGAGUACAGGAAACCCCUGGUGGCAAUGAAACAGGUACUCUAACGCUUUGCCUCGCGACUCACACCUUAUCGUUCUCACUCAAUGUCUCACUGCAGUCCUUCUUCGGAGCCUUAGAACCACGGACCAUCACCUUAUUACCUCAUUUCUCUUCUGCGACACACCGACAAACAACCACCGUCUCGUCUCUCCGACCCAACAUGAGGAAGGGGCUCCAGGGAAGCCAGGCUGCUCACACAGGGCAGUGGGAAGAAAAGGAGAGGAAAGAGGAGAGGCAUCACGAGCAGCAGCAGCUGGGGAGGGCAGAGAAAAAGUUAGUAGCGUUCUGGUUGUCCUUGUCCCAGAGGACGUGGACAUUUUUCAGGCCCCGCAGUGGCGAACGCACUGGCUGCUUCCAGCGGAGCCCCUCCGCAGCUCGCCUGCUGAAGAGCGAGGCGUGAGGAGUGCGAGAGGCCAAAGGCAGUCCGUGCCAUUCUUCAGCUUCAUCCACCAUAAGCAAAAAAAAAAAUGUUUUUGUUACAUUAGUAACGUUGGCUAAAGACAGAAGCACAAGAGAGAGCGACAGGUGAAGGACAAGAAGAGGGAGGUUCGUCAAAUGCCCUCUUCUUCUUUUCUGGGCUCCCUCCGGAUUCUUUACCUUGGGGAAAAGCAUUAGGCAGCAGCUGAACUGUUACUUUUUGAACAUUACGACAACAGACUGUCAUUACAUUUACUUCACGUUCAGAACAUUAAGGCAACAAACUGUGACUCAAAAGACGUUGUGCUGCUGUCGACUGGAAGAACUUCCUGCCCUCCUCUUGUUUUCGUCAAAGCUAGGCCUCCCUCCUCUGAAGAAACUUCCACUCGCGAAACUAAACUAUAAAGUUUACCAUAGAGAAGAUAUUAGUGGUGGAGAUUGCUGGAGGUUAGUGUGACAAGGGGCAGGUGUCGCUCCCUAAACCCCUACUCGUCUUCACAGGAAGAGAUGGGGUAACUGGGACCUGCUGAGACCAUGGUGGUCACACAUCUGGAGCUGGAACUGUGCUACCAAGGGAAGAAGCUGAGAGGCUUCACCUGUAAGCUGACCCGCUCCCCCUAUGGCUACCUGCCUGAGAGUGCCUGGCUCAUCGCAGCCCAGAUCCUACUGCCCUUCCUGGUGGCCGGCCUGGGCAUGGUGGCAGCGGGCAUAGUCAUGGACGUGGUGCAACACUGGGAGGUGUUUAAGGAGAUCACAGAGGUGUUUAUCUUGGUGCCAGCCCUGGUGGGACUGAAAGGCAACCUAGAGAUGACACUGGCAUCCAGACUGUCUACAGCAGCAAACACUGGGCAGAUGGAUGACCCGAAGCAGCAGUGGAGGAUGGUGUGUAGCAACUUGGCUCUUAUUCAGGUCCAGGCAACAGUGGUGGGUUUCCUGGCUGCGGUAGCCGCAGUGGGGUUGGGUGCGUUGACCAGGGGUCGUGUAGACUUUCUACAGGCUGCUGUCCUAUGUGGCAGUAGUGUCACGACAGCCUUUGUAGCUGCCCUGUCCUUGGGACUAGUGAUGGUGGGAGUGAUCAUCGGCUCCAGGAAGGUGGGCAUCAACCCUGACAAUGUGGCAACACCCAUCGCUGCCAGCCUGGGUGACCUCAUCACCCUCUCUCUGCUGGCCGGGGUCAGCAGCUUCCUCUUCAGGUUCAAAGAGAUGUGGUACCUGCCUGUGCUGGUGUGUGGCUUCUUCCUGGUUCUCAUCCCGCUGUGGGUGGUCAUUGCCCGGCGCUCUCCUCCAAUUAGAGAGGUCCUGAGGUCUGGGUGGCAGCCCGUCAUCGUAGCCAUGUCCAUCAGCAGUAUCGGAGGUCUUAUUCUGGACAAGACCGUGAGCGACCCGAACUUUGAGGGCAUGGCGGUGUUCACCCCAGUAAUCAACGGUGUGGGAGGUAACUUGGUGGCCAUCCAGGCCAGCCGCAUCUCCACCUACCUCCACUACUGGAGCAUGCCUGGGACCCUGCCCUCCAAGAUGGCACAACACUGGCCUGGCCCCUGCCUGACCUUCUGCUCCUCAGGGGUCAACUCUAAGUCAGCCAGAGUUCUGGUCUUCCUGGUGGUUCCGGGUCACCUGCUCUUCCUCUACACCAUCCACUUACUGAAGGGCGGCCACGGCGCCCUCACGUCUGCCUUCGUCUGCCUAUACCUGUGUGCAGCCCUGCUACAGGUGGUGAUUCUGCUGUACACGGCUGACCUGAUGAUGCGCUGGAUGUGGCGGCGGGGGCUGGACCCGGACAACUACUCUAUCCCGUACCUCACGGCUCUGGGGGACCUGUUGGGGACCGGCUUCCUGGCCCUGACAUUCAGAGCCGUUCUAUUGGGCAUUUCCUCUGGGAUGAAGGGGGUUUGAGAGAAGGGGCUAAUCCAUCAGCCUAUUUCUGUCUAACAUGGUCUUAUUGAAUAUAUUCAAAUAGAGACAUUUAGCUAUUGUAGUUAUAUGUCAGUUAUGCUGACAUAUUAUAUGUUGUUCUGUUCAUCCAUAAGCAACUCUGUUCAGGUCAUAUUUAAGUGAUAAUGCCCGAGAAGCCAAUGUUCAGAGGUUAUAUUGGCAGGGUUGUUGUUAGGCCCGAGACGAAAUGCCAAUAUAUCCUCCAUACACCGGCUUCGAGAACAUUAUCACUUUUAUACAACAGGUUACCAACAUAUUCAUAUAAUGAUUGACAUAUAUGAAUUAAAAACGUCAUUUUCAUGAAUUUAUUCAUACCAUUUCAACCUUCUACAAGAUAUAAUCCCGACACAAAUCUAGGGUUGCUAUCCAAGCCGUUCUAUCGGUUCGAUUGCCAGAGACGCGUUCCAGUCGUUCGUUCUAAAUGUUCCACUGCCAUACUGACUGGCAACGUUCUUAUUCCUUGCUUGCUAGCUAGCCAAUUAGUGCUAACUUACAGUCAAGUCAAAAAGUGACACAAUCACAAACACAGUAACACAAUUACUUCAAACUGAAGCUGGAAAGCCUGAAAACUAGCUGCACUUGGUUUCGUUUGACCUUGUUUCAAUUUACAUUUAUUUGUAUAUAACCAUAAAAAUGAUGCCAGCUGAUCCAUUAUUUUGACUGGCUAAGACACGCUUCCCGUCUUGUCCCGUUCAUUACUAAAUCAAAUCAAAUCAAAUUUUAUUGGUCAGAUACACAUGGUUAGUAGAUGUUAAUGCGAGUAUAGCGAAAUGCUUGUGCUUCUAGUUCCGACAAUGCAGUAAUAACCAAUGAGUA